AUGAAUGCAGCUACUGACCGAUGCAUAAAAGAGGACGAAACUGAAGCACUGCUGAACGAAGCUUACCCGCAAAACUCGACCUGCUUGACGCUAUUCAACUGCACUGAAAAUGGUCCGCACCCGAUCACAGCAAGGAAUGCAACAGCAUGCCUAGACCCCUUCACGUCGACGGCGGCGGGAUGUCUCUUGAUCGGGUCCACCGCGAUGACUUGGUGCGACGCUCGCAUGGAUUGCAUGGCUCGCGGUGCAGAUUUGUUGUCUGCAACAAGUGAUGUGCAUUUUGGGGAAGUGCGGAACUACCUCAAGUCGCUAGGCUUUGUGGAGGAUUUUUACGUGGCUCUGAAGAAAGUGGACAAUACCUGGAUGUGGCUUUUGGAUGGUCGUAGUCCAGGAGCCGACUAUAGCGGAGAUUGGUAUUUUAAUUCUCCAAGUGGAGAAAACGGAUUUGACUGCGCAAUGUUGGCACAAUCUUACGGCUAUUUGGCGGUGGAUAUGCCUUGUGACAAGAUUAUUCGUCCUCUCUGUCAGCUACAAGCGCCCCCAGGUGUGUUAUAA